GCCAACCAGAUAAUAGUCGGAUAAAUGGACAAGUGAAUCGUUCAAAUAAAAAAAAAUUCAAUGAAAACUUCAUUUUUAUUCUAAAAAUCUCACAAAUUAAUGUCAAAAGUUCGCCGUGACAAUUUUUAUGUUUUGAACGAAAGUUUUCGAGUUACAAAAAAAGUCGCACGAAAAAAAUUCUAAUUUAAUUUGAGACAGCAAACAAAUUGUGAGAGAAGAAAAAAAAAUCAACAAAAUCAAUACGGAACACACAAAAAGCUAUUGAAUUAAAAAUAAAUAAGAAAAAUAUCUGUUGUAUUUUAACUUUUGAUCGUUUUUUCGUACAUUUUACCACAAAAUUUGAUACAUGAGAAGUAAUACGAGACAGAAGGAAAAAAAAAGUUUUUUCGUCGGAAACAAAAUGCGUAUUAAUAAUAAUAAUUGAAACAUUCCUCCUCCUCAAUCAUUUUUACUGAAAUAAUAGUUCAAGAAUUCAAUUUCAACAGCUCCGUAAAAAUCAUCAGAAAUCAUCAUCAAUCCUGUAAAAAAAAGUGAAAUGAAUUCAAAAAUGAUUUUUUUCAAGCUACAUUAAAAAAGAAGAAAAACAUUCAUACAAAAUUGAAUAAUUUUAAAAAUUCCUAAAGAGGUGCCAGAUAUUCUCAAUCAUGUAUAAAGGAGCCAAAUUUAUGUAAAAAAUAAAUAAUUAAAAAAAAAACUGAAGCCAAAACUGAAAAAAAAAGAUUUAGAAAGGUGUUAAUUGAUACAAAAAAAAAGUGACACGAAAUGGCGACGGGUUCACGUGAUUGCUCGCCAAAGCAACGAUCGUUUGUAAAUAUUGGCAAAAACAGUACAACAUCAAUUAAUUCGCUCGAUUCACAACGUUCCGCGAGCCCAACAACGUUGCCCGCCGGCAGUAUACCGAGUCGUCAACGCUCAUUGCGCGAUCGGCUUCGCGAAGGUAUUACCGGCGGAUUAUCUUGGCAGUCAAGGAGAUCGAGUACAGAAAUUGGAGCUAUGACUCGAAGUGCCGACCAUUUGCCCUACAGAAGGAGUAAGUCAAGAAGUGUAGAUCAUGGAUUGGCUACACCCUUUGAUCUGGAUUCCUUACGAUCGAAGGUCGAAGAACGCUUUGAGAGAACAAAUAGAGAGGAGAAGAAGAAAUCGACGACUCCUGUACCAACAAUCACAUAUACUGUGGGUGAUCGUGAUACACUCACAUCGGUAGCAGCCCGUUUUGAUACGACGCCCUCGGAACUCACGCAGCUAAAUCGUCUCGGAAGCAGUUUCAUCUAUCCGGGACAAACGUUACAAGUGCCAGACAAGUCGAAGAAGAUAGAUUCGGAUGAUGCGACGUCAGAGGCGUCAUCAGAACAUUUACCGCAUGCCACGGAUGAAUUGCCAAUCGAUGAAAAAGAAUUACUCGAGGGUCUUCGUCCGACAUCACCGCGCCCGGGGCACAUUGAACGUGUGAUAUCGCCUGCGGGAGCUCCUUCAGCUGCGGGAACCACGGAAGAUGGCAACGACGAAGAUCAAGUUUUGGUUCAACGUUUCCUCAAAAUUAACGUGCGACACAUUACCGAUGGGCAAGGCGUUGUUGGAGGCGUUCUUCUUGUCACCCCGAAUGCCGUGAUGUUCGAUCCGAAUGUCUCAGAUCCGUUGGUUAUCGAACACGGGCCCGAAAGUUAUGGCGUUAUUGCUCCCAUGGAAUUUAUCGUGAAUUCGGCAAUUUUUAAUGAUAUCGCGCAUAUGCGAGUUGCGGGCGGGAGUGAACGCAAAACUGACGAAAAACCCGAAAUUUAUUACCCGAAAAGUACGAGAUACGAUACACAUUCGCCGGGAAAGGAUUCUCUCGUGAAGGAUGAAACUUUUCCUGAACUUGGCGUUGGGAGUGUCGAUGUCGGCGACGAUCAGGAGAGCAUUUGUUCGAGCAACGAACGUGAUGGAGCAGCAUUUCCCAAAGCAUUUGAUCGAGAUCUCGUGACGCCGAGCGAAUUAAAAUGCGAUUCUGUGGAUGGAAAUGCAUCGCAAGCAGCUAACAAGAGCGAAGAUGAAGCGAAAACGACAUCAAAUACCUUGAACACUGAGGGACCAGCGCAGAAAACGUUAGAAGAACGUCGUCGCAGCUUAUUAGAUCAACAUUGGGCGAUCCCGAGCAAGGAUAGACGAAAAAGUUCAUGUGAUUCCAAUUCCAAAAGAUCUUCGGAGGACGAAGACGAAACAGAUGGCGCCUCAAUUAAACAACAAGCCAACACAGAAGGCGCUACGAGAACUAUUACAAGCAUUUCAGGCGUGAGUAUUGAAGCGCCAAGCGAUUUUAACGACGAUGCCAUGUCGAAAGUCUCGUGUCACGAUUCGGGCAUCGAUAUUCGUGAUCCUGUGCCCAUUGUUCAGCCAAUUCCAACAAAAAAGGUUUACAGUGAUGCUGAUAUCGUGCUGAGCAAAGAUUGGGUCCCGCCAGUUACAAUUGUUCCAACACAAGUGUCAGAUACGAGAUCUCUUUCGGCAUCGUCGCAUCAAAAUUUGAUUCAAUCGCAGAAUCUUGAAGGAGCCGGAAGGAAGAAGACCUCAAGUGUUAGCUUUAGUAUUGAUGAUAACAGUGAAUCAGCAAAUAAUACAACGACAAGUGAUAAAUCCAGCGAGAAGAAGAAUAAGAUGCUGAAACGCCUCUCUUAUCCCCUUGCAUGGGUCGAAGGACUUACGGGAGAGAAUAAGUCACAAGAGAACUCAGAGUCUGCGCCCAACACAGGCGAUUCGAAUCAAAGUGUAUUUUCUAAAGUAUUUUCAAGACGAUCAUCCAUUGGAACAUUCAUGCGUACAAGUCAAUCAAGCCAAUCAGAAGACCGUUCAUUAAAACAAAAGAACCCACCUCAGCCGAAACUCGACUAUCGAUCGAUGGUAUCAAUUGAUGAUAUGCCAGCGUUAUUUGUUAGUUUUGAUAAAUUGAUUCCGAGACCAGCUCGUGCAUGUCCCGAUCCCCCAAUGUAUUUGCGCUUACGCAUGGGACGUCAAACUGGUAAAUCACAACCGUUGCCUACCACAGUGAUGUCUUAUGGCAAAAAUAAAUUACGACCAGAAUAUUGGUUUAGUGUUCCUAAAAAUAAGGUUGAUGAAUUAUAUCGCUUCUUCGCAUCAUGGGUCCCUCAUUUGUACGGAGAAUUAGAUGAAGAGGCAAUUAAAGCACGUGGCUUCGAGCUUAUUCAACAUGAUACCGAAUGGACUGCCAAAGGAAGCCCAACAAAGGAUGGAGGUUCAAACGAUCCUGAAAUCAAAGAAUUAACACGAGAAUCAUGGGAGCUGCUAAAGGCACCAUUCGUCAAAACGUAUCAAAAAACUUAUCAUUUAUCACAACGUAUCAUAAGUGCUGGAUCCAGUGAAUUUGAUUACGGCGGCGAGGUGCUGUCUAUGAAUGAUGAUUUGAGGAGAGCGGCACUCUUUAAUCCGGGUUCAUUUGAUCAAGAUUUCCCCAUUCCCGAUCUGAUUGGACAAACAGAGAUUUUAAGUGAGGAACACAGGGAAAAGUUAUGUGGGCAUUUGCCGGCACGUGCUGAAGGAUAUGCGUGGUCUUUGGUAUUCAGCACUUCACAACACGGUUUCUCACUGAAUUCCUUGUACCGAAAGAUGCACAAGUUAGAAAGUCCCGUUUUAAUUGUCAUCCAAGACACAGAACAGAAUGUGUUUGGUGCUCUAACUUCUUGCUCACUGCAUGUCUCAGAUCACUUUUAUGGCACGGGCGAAUCGUUACUGUACAAAUUCAAUCCGACCUUCAAAGUUUUCCAUUGGAGCGGCGAAAAUUUGUAUUUCAUCAAGGGCAAUCCAGAAUCACUCGCUAUUGGCGCCGGAGACGGCAAAUUUGGCUUGUGGUUGGAUGGCGAUCUAAAUCAAGGCAGAUCUCAACAUUGCAGCACGUAUGCCAACGAACCGUUAGCUCCGCAAGAGGAUUUCGUCAUAAAAACGUUAGAAUGUUGGGCAUUCGUCUAAAAAGCAAAAAACAAAAAUCUUAUAAAGAAAAUAUAAAACUAAUAUUAAAAUGUGUGUAACACACGUCAAACUAGCUUUAGCUCAAUAAUAAUAUUUAUACAUACAAAAGUUAUAAGGAUCAUAAUAUAUAUAAAAAAAUAAUAAUAAUAACAUACAAGUUAUAUAAAAAAAAUAUCAUCAUACUAAAAACUACACAAACAACAAAAAACACGUUGGAAAGAAAAUUGCAUUGAAUUGCCAUAUUAAUUUCCAUUUUUUUUAUGUUAUAUACAUUACAACAACCAACAAAGGACACACACAUUUUAUUAUAAGUUUCAAUGUUUUUUUUUCGUUUUAAUUGUUUAGUUUUAGUCAUUAAUAUUAUUUACAAACAUCGUGAUUUUUCGUGAAAAAAAAAUAUUAAAAUUAUAUUAUAAUUUAUGGUUAAAUAUUAAUUUGUAAUAAUAAAGGAAAAUUAUAUAUUAUUUAUUUUAAGAAAACAAAAAAUUAUUCUAUCAAAUUUAUUUUUAAAAUUUGAAUGAAUUUUUUUAACGAAACGAUUUCCUUUAUGUG